UCCGUCGUAGCAGUGAGAUCGCGGUGGAACGUUCGCUCGGUGCGGUUAUAUGCGCGCGACGCCGACGACGACGGCGGCGACGACGUCGUCUGAUAGUUUGCACGCGGCGGUGUUCGCGGCGACGCGGCGACGAAACGAGACUCGGUUUCAACGGCGAGGAUUCGCGAGGCCGCGAGCACCAGGCCAGGCAUUGGGUGUAGUAAGCGCUUCGUGCACACGUCCUCUCGUCUUCCGCGUUCCUGCUGGAGCGGCGAGGCGUCGACUGGAGUAACUUGGGAGCCGGCAGCGAAACGGGUGCGGGAACGCUCGAGACCUGUUCUGAAGGAGGCAUCUCUUGCCUCUAAGCGCGGACCUUGGCGGGACACCUCAUCAUUCGUCUCCUGCGGUGCUCCCAAGAGAAACGAUGCGACGCCCGAUGACGUGAUCGACCUCUCGGUCAGCUACGCUCGCCGUGACCUCGUUCGGCUAGCUGGCCAUUCACUUGACUUUUCGUUGCUCGCACUAAAAUCGAAGAGCGGAACGAGGCACUGAAUGAAACAAAAUUGAGUGCCUCGUUUUUUUUCUGUUUUGUUUUCGGAAGAGGAAUUGAGAGACGACGAGAAGAUUUUUACGGGAAAAGGCAUCUCCCGAAACAUCCGAUUUGUUGAUGCUCGAAAUUAGAGAGGAUGUUGUGCGAGAAGACGUCGAAAGCAUGAGAACAUAUCUGCGACGACAGAUCGUACGCGCGACAGGACGAAGGGCGAACGAUUGAGAUGUGCGGCAGACGGAUCGUACGUCGCAUGCUUUGCUGACAUCCGAAGAAAGGGACACAGGGAAACGGAAUUCCGAAGGUAUGACAGACCCGCAAAGAGCGAGACAGACUGACGACGGUGGCGCGAGUCACUGAAACGUGUCGGUGGAAAAAUUCCACGCCGGCGAAGCGCACGCUUCCGCUACACUUGAGAAGGGAACAAGCGGAAAGACGAUCCAUCAGUAAGAAACAACGUACGCAACGAUAAGAUUAUCUCGAGCUGAUUAUCAGAAGAAAGAACGAGAUGUGAAGAUAUGAAAGUAUCUAUCGGCCGAAUGGAACUACAAAAGUGGACGGACGAGGACGAUCUUCGCGAGGAUUUGAGAGCAGAUCGCGCGCGAGAUCUCUCGUCGAGCGGAAGAAUCGGAAACAAUCUGAAAUCUGACGAGAAUCUACAGGCUAACUCAUUGGAGUAAGAAAUAUAGAACAUUCUACGAGAAACAGAGAAAGAGAGAGAGAACGAUGUCGAUUCUCCGCGGUGCUCUUUGAGGCUGCCGCGCCUGAAUCGAGAACGGCCUCGCGGUCAGCGUGGGAGAAGGUCGCGUUGGAUGUCCGCGCGGCGUGGAUAUCCUCUAAUCGGGAAGGUCGUUCGCGAUCGCCACAGUGACCGCGCGCGACGGCCAGCAUCUCCGGCCGCGACGUUAUCAUCGUCAGGAUCAUCAUCGCGUCGCUUUCCCCACCCGUGACGGCCACAUGACUUGACGAUCGCCCCCUUCUCCACCCGCUGCUGCUCCUCCCCGAAGACGACGGCGGCGGCGGUGGUGGCGACGACGUCACUACGACGUCGACGUGGACGAUAGCGCGACGAGGAGUCAACGGCUGACAACGCGGCGCGGCACGGCGGCGGCAGCAGCAGCAAGUUCAGUCUUGCUUAAAGCGAGUGACACGCGCUGUCGGCGAUUCAGUCAGUCGCCGGCGGUCGAUCUGCAGGUGUGAGACGAGCGUGGGUGUCUGUUUGGUGUAUUCAAUAGUUGCGCUCCUGGAUCGUCGUCACGUGCGCAUAUGCGCAUUGUCCGCAGAGGAAGAAGGUUCCGAGUAAAAGAAUACCCCGAAGGGUCGUCCGAGAAAAUAGAAAGCGGCGAGGGAAUUGAAGAGAGCGCGUAAAAAGUUGUACCUGUUCGGGACUGUAGAUCCUUCCUAUUUCGGGCAAUCGUGGUGCGUCGUGACGAUCGUAGUGUUCCUCGUGGUGGCGCGGUGUUACCGUUGUGUCACUGCUACAAGCGACGGAAACGGUGGCUACGGUGGCGGUGGUGUUGGUGGUGGAUAUAUAUAUAGUGGUGGAUGAUAGCGGUGGCCCGCGAGGGCGGCAAAACUGGAGCAGCCGGUGACGAUCGUCGUCGUCGUCGUCGCUGCAGCGGAGGAGCUAUCAUGUGCACGCGGCGGAUUCUCGGACUGGCGGUCGUGGCCCUGCUGACUCUCGGCGGUCGAGCGCGCGCGUACACCAACCAGUGGGCGGCACACAUCGAUGGAGGAGAGGAGGUGGCCAGGCAGGUAGCCGAGGACUACGGCUUUCGCUAUUUGGGCAAGAUAAACGAUGAUUGGUUCCACAUGGAGCAUCGAUCCGUGGCGAAGAGAUCGACGGAACCGCAUCUAGGAGUGCAUCAGAGGCUAAUAAAAGACUCCAGAGUACGUCGAGCGGAACAACAGCGGGUGAAAAACCGCGUCAAGAGGGAUUUUAAAAACAACCACAAACAUCCGUCCAAUAUGCUAAUCAUGCUUAACGACGAGAAGUGGCCUCACAUGUGGUAUUUGAAUAGGGGAAAGGGGUUGGACAUGAACGUACAAGGUGCCUGGGCCGAGGGAAUUACUGGAAAUGGCGUCGUGGUCACAAUUCUUGAUGAUGGAUUGGAGAAGGAUCAUCCUGACCUUUUUAAAAAUUAUGAUCCGCAGGCAAGUUAUGAUGUCAACAGUCACGACGAGGAUCCCAUGCCGAGGUACGACCUAGUAGAUAGCAAUCGACACGGUACCAGGUGCGCCGGAGAAGUCGCAGCCACUGCCAACAAUACUCUUUGCGCCGUAGGCGUUGCUUUCGGAGCAGGCGUGGGUGGCGUUCGAAUGCUAGACGGCGACGUGACAGACGCCGUUGAAGCAAGAUCCCUGAGCUUAAACCCCCAACACAUCGACAUUUACAGCGCCUCAUGGGGACCGGAUGAUGAUGGCAAAACUGUAGACGGUCCCGGAGAACUAGCCACUAGUGCUUUUAUCGAGGGCAUUACCAAGGGUCGCAACGGCAAAGGCUCGAUUUUCGUAUGGGCGUCCGGAAACGGUGGUCGCGAUCACGACAACUGCAAUUGCGACGGCUACACCAACAGCAUUUGGACCCUGUCGAUCAGCAGCGCGACCGAGAACGGCCUCGUGCCGUGGUACAGCGAGGCCUGCUCGUCCACUCUCGCAACCACGUACAGCUCAGGCUCGACCGGCGAGAGGCAAGUCGUCACGACAGAUCUGCAUCACCACUGCACUCUCAGCCACACCGGCACCUCCGCGUCGGCGCCGUUGGCAGCCGGCAUUUGUGCCCUUGCCCUAGAGGCGAAUAGGGAUCUCACCUGGCGAGAUAUGCAGCACAUCGUAGUACGGACGGCCAAGCCCGCGAACCUUCAGGCGCCUGAUUGGGUAGUCAACGGUGUCGGCAGAAAUGUGAGCCACAGUUUCGGUUACGGGCUGAUGGACGCCACUGCUAUGGUACGUUUAGCGAGAAGAUGGAGAACCGUUCCUGAGCAACACAAAUGCGAAGUAUCGGCGCCGCAUACAGGCAGGUCAAUACCGCCGAAGAGCCAGUUGACUCUCGACUUACAUGUCAAGGAAUGCAGCGGUGUUAAUUUUCUCGAGCACGUUCAGGCAAAGGUAUCGCUGAUGGCAGCAAGACGAGGGGAUCUCCAGAUACAGCUAACAUCUCCUCAGGGCACGAAGAGCACUCUUCUCGCCAAGAGGCCGCAUGACGUUUCGAAGGCCGGUUUCAGCCAAUGGCCAUUCAUGUCGGUACACACGUGGGGAGAGAGGCCGCAUGGUACCUGGAAGCUGGAAAUUCACAAUGAGGGCCGAUAUCUCGGACGCGCCACUCUGCACGAAUGGGCAUUGAUCUUCUACGGCACCGCGACGCUGCCCGACCGCACCGAGUACGCGCUUUACAACCCAGCCGUGUUUAGACGACCGUUUGUCAAGCCGCGCGAGACCGUCUACUCGAAGAGCCAGAACGCCGUGGCGAAGGGCAAACAGGCGCAGCACAAGUCCGACAAGUCCGGCAGCCUGAGUCCGCCCUACGUGGUGAACGCUCCGAUACCGUCGCAACGGAAGGGGAAGGCACGCGGCCAGCACAAAAAUGGCAAAUCGGCCAGUCGGCCGAGCCCGAAGCCCACCGUGCAGACCCUGCGCGGUCUCACCGGCACGGCGAACAAAGGGCCGAACAACGGCGCGGACGUGCGUCUGAUCACGUCGAGGCCGCGCGGCCGAAGCACACCCAGUCCGAUCACCAGCAGCACGGCGAUCCAAGUAAUCACGACCGCGAAGACGCAGACUACGGUGACGAGCAGAUACAGGAUCGUCGACCCGGUGACCGCUUCCCCACUCCAGACGAGGCUGAUCCUGCUGGAACCGCCGGCAAAGGCGGCCACUAAUAAAGUCCCGGCGGUAUUCCAGCAAUACCCCAAGAUCCAGCAGCUUUAUCCGGUUUAUGGCGGUGUUCGCGGCGCCGGCCAGCAGCACGCCACAAGGGCCAAGGGACACGACGUGCUGCAGGACGAGCAGUUCGAUCUGCAGAAGAACUUGCAGCUGGAAAAGGGCACGCUGGACGAGUGGAAGCUGGUACUGUUCGGCACCGAGACCUCGGUGGAGUUGGACGACGAGCUGGACAGGGACAAGCCGGUGCCGCCGGUGAUCGAGACGAUCCACAACAACGCGGCCCCGGACACCCGGCACAAUGUCGUCGACGCCGAGGGCGAUCCGUGGACGGGCAGCCAGCAGAUGGACCGGGUCUCACAUCAGGAGGAAAGGCCGACGACGGAGAACCAGACGAGCGGCUGCGCCACCUUCGAGGCCGGAGGCGGCGGGUGCCUAGGUGGGUGCCUCAUACUACUCCUUCUAGCCUACCUGACCGGCGUGCCUGGCUGGCAGGAGCUGAUCACCAGCUGGCCAGCCUCGGACAAUCGAAGCGAAUCGGCCGCGGAGUCGCAGGCGACCGUCGUCCCGGCGACGACGACGACGUCGUCGUGGGCCUGCGACGUGACGAUAGGCCGCUCGGGGCCGGGAACGUGUAGGUGUUCAUGAUGACAGCGGGCCGCGUUCGAUCAUCCCGCGACGGCCCGCGUCCCGAUACUGUGACUCGCGUCAAGCGGGGACUUUCGCGCGGGCGGCCGCGUGGACGUUGACGUCGUCGUGUGCCUGAUGCGCCCUUGUGAUUCGUAAAACUUUCAUACAUUUAUGACACGCAUAUUGGUGGGGGAGUAGAAAACGAAGAGCACUCUCGUCCCUCCUCGCCCGGUGCUAUUGUCUCGAGGGGGGAUCUAGGGAGGGGGCUUUUCGCGAUUAUCGCCUGUCCCUCCUCUUCCUGGGAAAGAAACGAAGAAAUUGAGAGAUGGACGUUAAGAUUGAGGAUCCCGCAGCUCCGUUGGAGCAUUUGUCUCGAUCGAGGACGCACGAUUUCCUCGCCAACGCGCGUCGCGCUAGAAUUGUCCUCGGCUGAAUUCGUUUGUGUCGCGCGAGGAAGUGAGUCUCUCUCUCUCUCUCUCUCUCGUGGCCGACACGAAACGUCCGGACGCUUCUACCGUGACAAUACACUGUAUUUCAAGAGGGGCGUCGUCGGUACGAGGGAUGGCUUCUGACUGAUCGAAGCUUGUCGCGAGAAGGAUGGGACGGGGAACCCGACGGCUACGCGGCAGGAAGUACGCGGAUUUUGAUUUCCGAAGUGCGUGAUGAACUCUCGAUUUCCCGUCGAAAGCGAUUUUAUCCUCUGACGCGAAAUUUGAACGUCGAUUGGCGUCCUAUCGGGAUUACCGAAGAGAUUAUGCUUUCUUUCUCUGUCACAUUUUCGUUGAGAAAGGAAAACAUAGCGAAAGGCGCGUAUUAGAAAAACUUGGACAGAAUUAUGCAUAGAACGGGAGUUCUGUUUGCGAGAAGCUUUGUACGCGAGGUGGAAUUGUUGACAUAAAAUCUCGCGGGAAAUUCAGCGCUGUAAAUUCACUCGACGGACACGAAGUAACGUGAUUUUUGCAUGUUGUUCAACCCGUUAACGUCGUUUUGCUUUUUACGCGCUAUCUUUCAUGGUAAGCGUCUCCCUAAAGUAAUGUAAAGUAAAUUUCCUCGGUAAUAGGACAAGCGAGA